GUUUCAACGGUAGCUCCUUCUCCUUCCCUUGUUUGUGGGAUAACUGAUAAACUGAAGCUCACAUCUCCUUGCUUGGGGUUUUGCUACUCUACGAUGCACUCCCUCUCAUCCCAUGCGACGCGUCCUCUCUCCUCUUCCUUCUCUCACUCCACCUCCUACUUCCGCUUCAUCUCCCUCUCCCUCCCAUUUCUCCACUCUCCCAAAUCCCACCCCAAACUUUUCACUAUUUCCCCAAAAGCCCCCACUUUCACGAUCCGGAGCAUCUCCGCCAAGCCCUCGUCGGAGCUCCGACCCAAGCGCCCCAAUUCCGACUCCGACUCAAAGCUCCGAGCUCUCCGCGACCUCUUCUCCAAGCCCGGCGUCGGAAUCGACGCUUACAUCAUUCCCUCUCAGGAUGCUCACCAGAGUGAGUUCAUUGCUGAAUGUUAUAUGAGGAGGACCUAUAUAUCUGGUUUCACAGGGAGUGCCGGCACUGCUGUUGUCACUAAGGAUAAAGCAGCUCUUUGGACAGAUGGCCGCUAUUUUCUUCAGGCUGAAAAGCAGCUGAGUUCGAGUUGGAUUCUCAUGCGGGCUGGUAAUUUUGGAGUACCUACAACUAUUGAAUGGCUGAAUGAUGUUUUGGCCCCUGGUGGGAGAGUUGGCAUUGACCCUUUUCUGUUUUCUUCCGAUGCUGCAGAAGAAUUGAAGCAGGGCAUCGCUAACAAGAAUCAUGAGUUGGUUUUUCUGUAUGAUAAAAAUCUUGUGGAUGAAAUAUGGAAAGAAUCAAGACCAGAGCCUCCAAAAAAACCAAUUAGAGUACACGAACUGAAAUAUGCUGGUGCAGAUGUGGCAUCAAAGUUAUCAUCUUUGAGGUCUGAACUUGUUGCAGCUGGUUCAUCUACGAUAGUUAUAUCUAUGCUUGAUGAAGUUGCCUGGCUGUUGAAUUUGAGAGGAAGUGAUGUUCCACAUUCACCUGUUAUGUAUGCUUAUCUGAUUGUGGAGAUCGACAAAGCAAAGUUAUUUGUAGAUACUUCCAAAGUAGGCACUGAGGUGUUGGAUCACCUGGAGAAUGCGGGUAUUGAAUUGAGGCCAUAUGACUCCAUUCUUUCUGAAGUAGAAAGUCUGGCAGCAAAAGGGGCUAAAGUUUGGUUGGAUGCGUCAUCUGUGAAUGCAGCUAUUGUCCACACCUACAACUCUGCUUGUGAGAAAUAUUACGAGAGCCUUGAAAGUAAAAGAAAAAGUAAGACUAAGGAAUAUGAUGACUCAAAUGGUUGGUCUGAAGGACCCACUGGAAUGUAUAGGGUGUCCCCUGUCUCUUUGGCAAAGGCACUGAAAAAUGAUGCUGAGUUAGAAGGGAUGCGGAGUUGUCAUUUAAGGGAUGCUGCUGCUUUAGCGCAGUUUUGGGUUUGGAUCGAAGAGCAAAUCAACAAGAAUGUGAAACUAACUGAGGUAGAAGCUGCAGAAAAACUUCUUGAAUUUCGUUCAAGGCAGCCUGGUUUCCUAGAUACAAGCUUUGACACCAUCAGUGGCUCUGGUGCAAAUGGUGCUAUCAUACAUUAUAAACCAGAACCAGAUAGUUGCAGUGUUGUGAAUGAAAGGAAACUCUUUCUGUUGGAUAGUGGAGCUCAGUAUGUGGACGGAACAACUGACAUAACAAGGACCGUACAUUUUGGUGAACCUUCUCCACGUCAAAAAGACUGCUUCACCCGAGUUUUACAGGGUCAUAUAGCUCUUGAUCAGGCCGUAUUCCCUGAAAACACACCGGGUUUUGUCUUAGAUGCAUUCGCUCGUUCUUUUCUUUGGAAGAUUGGACUGGAUUACCGACAUGGAACUGGGCACGGUGUGGGAGCUGCAUUAAAUGUUCAUGAGGGUCCUCAAAGUAUUAGCUUUCGAUUUGGAAAUACAACUUCCUUACAGAGUGGUAUGAUUGUUAGCAAUGAACCUGGCUAUUAUGAAGACCAUGCCUUCGGCAUUCGGAUUGAGAAUCUCCUUGUUGUGAAAGAAGUUGACACGCCAAAUCGUUUUGGAGGAAUUGGAUACCUGGGAUUUGAAAAACUCACAUAUGUUCCCAUCCAGGCUAAAUUGAUAGACUUGUCUUUGCUUUCUGGUGCGGAAUUUGAUUGGCUUAAUGAUUAUCAUUCACAAGUUUGGGACAAGGUCUCACCAUUGCUCGAUGGUCCUGCACGCCAAUGGCUUUGGAACAACACAAGACCACUUGUCAAGCAGUGAUUAUGUUGUACCCUUUCUUUGUUGUAGUGUCCCAUUUUGUACGCUUAGCCAAUAAUUAGACAGUAAGAGUAUAGCCUUGUACAUACUUUGCUCUGCAUAUUUGAUAAUCUUUAUGAUUAUAAGAUUGUUCAAAAAUAUUCAAGGUGAAUGUGAAAAGGAAAGUAUUUCUCUUUUAAUA